UUUGAUUGCUUGAUUUGCUCGUCAGCCAAAGGCAACGCCAAAGGGUUUGCCCUACGCUGCCCUACGCCCUUUUCUCGUCUCUAGUCCAAAUUCCCAUUUUCAAUUCAAAAAUGGCAGAGCACGCGUUUGACGCUGCAGCUAGCGCUUCGGCUUCUUCAAAUCUGCCGCCUGGUUGGGACUGUAAAUUCGAUGCACGGACUGGAAGAUUCUAUUACUUGAACUAUUUCACAAAGACAACAACAUGGGAAGACCCUCGUUUACGCUACCGUCCUGCAGCGCCAACACAUCAGCACGUCUUUUCGCCAAGCAGCGUCCAUAGUUCUGUUGCAGGGGAGGCUAUCCCUUUACAGGACCUAACGAACGUACGUCCGAGUCCUAUUCCGAGCCGAGCUUACAGCUCUUCUGGUCCGUCAUCGGUCAUCUGCAACCAGGGAUUCUUACAUGGAGGUGGAUCCCCGAGCCGAAUGCCCACUGGGCCUGGCAGUGAUUGCAGCUCAUCUCAGGAGACCUCCAUGAGCAUAGAAACGGAGCAGGCAGUUACGAAAAUUGGAGCCAUGUUCCCCACUGUCGGGGAAACCCACAUUCGUACGCUGCUGAAAAAAUACCACAAUCGAGAAGCGGUGGUAAUCAGCGCGUUGCAGGUUGAAAAACACCCACUCACAACCCCAGGACCUUUCUCCACAUCGUCCUUGGCCUGCCAUAACACAAUAGCAACUAAUCAAUUUGGCAUUUACAAUGCCUACCAGCAAAUGCUGAGCAUGUCUCCCACACUGCGUCGCUUCAGCCCUCCGAGAAGCCCCAAUGUCAGGGCCGGCUCGGGAGCCAGUAGCGCUUGCAGUUUUAGUCCUCCAAGAACUGAAGAACUUAUUAGGGGCUCGCCCCGUCCACACUCGUCGCCCAAGAUGAAACUGAGGUACAUGAAAGGACUCUUUCCCAAUGCCGAAGAAACUUUGCUUCUUGACGUUCUCAGCAAUGCCGACAACAAUGUGCAGAAAGCAUCCGAAAAACUUGCGAGCAUGGGCUUUGAAAAACGAGACAGCCCACCACCUAGAGUUGUGCAGAAACACAGAGAGGAGGAACAGAAAGCUCAACUCGAGAAGCAAAGCGCCUCGGCCACUCCGACGCCACCACCUCGUCUGAAAAGCAGCGAAGAGAAGCAGAAAAUGAAGAAGCGAUUGCAAGAGCUGUACCCAAACAUUCCUGAAAGAGUCGUGACAAUUGCACUGGAUAGCUCGGACUUUGAUGAAGAACGAGCGGGCCAUAUUUUGCAAGUAAUGGUCGAGGAUGAGACGUCUUCAAAAAAUUCAAGUGCUAAAUUAAGCUCCCAGAAAGAUGGGGAGCUUCAUCACAAGAUCAACAUCACCACUGAAAAAGAUGAAACACCUGUGCUGGUGGAGUCGUCUCCUGCUCGGUCCCGCAAAAAUUCUCCAGCAAUAAAAACUGAAAAAGAGAAGGCUUCAAUUCACAAACGUGCAAAAGGAAAGAAGGAAGUGACAAAAGUUUCACGCGGAACUAGUACAGCAGAGGACAAGGAAUAUCGUUCCUGCUACUUGCAGAAGGCAAAUGGGCCAAAUAUCAACUUGCUUAAUGGACCAAAUAAUAAUAUUUUACUGGUGGAUUACGUGACUUGGCAAGGACCAAAUUCUGAAAGCCGCGCUGGUCCAAGAAAGGCUCUCGCCAACGGCCCCAAUGUGAACCUGCGAGAAGGAAAAACCUACACAGCAAGGGGCCCCAACAAGUCAUUAUGCUCUGGGCCCAAAAAGGGUCUUGCAAUGGGGAGCAUUUACUCGGGACUGAAAUGCUCGGUUGACACAAGAGGAAAGUAACGUAUCAUAAAUAAUUGUUUCUCACAUGUCCAAAGGAUUAUCUGUACCUUAUUAUAAGUUAUUACCAUUAAUUUUUUUGUAAGGCCAGACAAAGAAAACACAGUUUAGUUGGUUUGUGCCAAGGUGCAUAGAAAGAUUUUUUCCAUGCACCUUGGUUUGUGCCCUAUAAUGAUGUGGUGCCAAAGGCACCGCCUAAUUUUAUUAAUUUUGAGACCUAUAAUAACAAAUAUCAUCCACACAUUUCCUUUGUUCAAGCUUAUGCCUAGUCAUAUAGUGUACGACAAAAAAAUUACACUGUUAAUUAGAAAAGAAAAAAUAUUUGUGCCAUUAUUUCCAAGAAAAUGUUUCAUCCACUUCAAACGUGAAUGCAACUUUUAAAAUAACAAAUGAUAUUUUUCUGAUAUAUUGUUCCCAAAAAAUACUCAUGAUUGACAUUUUCGAAUGAGAAAUUCCUCCCAAUCAUUUUACCCCAGUGUUGAAAUUUAUUGUUGAUGCAGAUAUAUUGCAUUCAAUAAGUUACAAAGAGAGAGA